AGUAGAGCAUAGUAUAGAACGGUGUAGUACAGAAUUAAUAAUGUAAGGCGGCAAGAAGUGAGAAGAAGAAGCAACAGGAUACAGAAAAACCGAACGAAAAGAGAUUUGGACUUGUAUUCAUUUCUUAUACGCACAGUUAGCAACAAUGUCGAUCGGUCGCGGUCGUGGAUGGAAUGCAAACAAAGAGUCUCCUCUACGCAGACCGGGAGCCUUCUCCAGUUCUUCUCCCAACGAUGUCGCGCAAAGUGUAAUAGACGCAAUCACUAAGUAUGACGCGGACGAGCCGGUACCGCCGCAGCUCGUGACAGUAAUAUCAACGAUAAACAAAGACAUUUUAAAGAAUGUAUGCGACAAUGUUUGGAGACAUGCUCUGAUCGACAAUUCGCUUACUAACAAAGUGGCAAUAAUAUUCAGUGACAAUAAGAUCGCACUGCUGGAAGAUAGUAACGGAGACACUGUUCGGAGCAGUUUCUUACGUUUGCUGCAGGAUAAUUAUGUGUCUAAGGAUAAAACAAGAGUAGAAAAGAAAAAGAUGUUUGCCAAUAUGGUCCUGCUUCAUGCGGACGUUUAUUAUCACAUGAAGCUGAGUGAUAACACAAGACUGCCAAUAUUAGCUGAGCCAUUAAUCUGUUACUUGGAAGAUCUGUUGGAGGAUAAUCCGAAAAGUAAUAUUUUGUUCAUUUUGGUACAGAUCCUUAGAUCUGGCAAGGAACUUAAUGAAACAUGCUCGCAGAGGCUGAAAUCUCUAAUGAUGAAAAUUAGGAAGAUAUUAGUAAAGGAAAAUUUAACUCCCGAGGACCGUGCAAUGUUAUUGUUAACGAUCGAAUUAACUAGCAACAACUACGAAGUCCCAGAAUUGGAAGUGAAGUAUUUUUAUCUUUCUGUUAUCAAAACUAUUUCUUUUGAAUAUCCGUUUGCGCUGGAAACGUUAAAAGUUGUUGCGGAAUCAACUUUAGAUGGUAAACAGUUGCAAAACUCUGACGGCAAUCAAGAAGUUGUAACAAUUGAAAGAAAAAUAACUAGCGCAUCUGAGGAUAGUUACAUUAGCAAUAAUUCGAACGUUCCAAGAGCAAUACGCGGGUCGGGCGCGUUGGAUAAGAACAAACCGAAGAAAGACGGCGUUAAUUCGAGAUUAAACUCGUGUCGCCAGAACGCGACGCCGAAUCAGAAACCCAAUAAAGGUUGGGAUCACGACGAUAGAUUUCAUAAAGAUUAUGAGUGAACAUCGUGUAUUGACUAUAUAAAUAUAAGGAAAAUAUUUAUUGUAGCCAACAUUUUUUGAUAACAAAUCAUGCUAAGAUAAAAUUGAUUUAACUGAUGAUGAACGAAAUCUCUAUUCCUUCUAUGAUAUAUUGUGUGUUCAUCUAUUGUAUAAAUUAACAUAUAAUAAUUGUACAGACAACAAAUAAUUAACAAUUAUAUAUAUAGAAGCUUAAAUUUUACCGCUCGACAGUAGCAGCAUCAUGACACUUUUUCUGCGCAACAUCAUGACACUUUUCCUGCGCAGCAUCUUAGGCAGAAAUCUGAUUUUAUUCUCAGAGCAAUUGAAAGUAAGUUAAUAAGUAAAUCUUAAUGUUUUCAAAGAGUUUUAAGAUAUUUGAUAAUUGUUUUCUUUGCACACGUAUAUAUACAUAUAUAUAAUUUGCAUAGUAUCUAACAUCCCACAUAGAACAAAAACUCCAUUAGACGUUUAUUAGACAUUGACAGCUCCAUGUGACAUCUAAUAGAUGUCUAAUGGAUGUCUAGAUGGAUGGAUGUCUGUGUGGGAUGUACCCUGAUAGGAAAAAAACAU